ACUUCUUUUUAUUACCCUCACUCGGCUCCCUCGCUUUCUCUUUUUGCUGCUUGUUUCAUUUCACUCGUCUAAAAUCUUUGAGCUAAGCAGCGUUGCUCGUUUCCCUGCAAGAACACUCAAGCCACUAAAGCUCUCGCCGAGCCGCAAUGAACUGUUCAAUAUCCGGCGAGGUGCCGGAUGAGCCUGUCGUCUCCAAGAAGUCAGGUUUACUCUUCGAGAAGCGCUUAAUCGAGAGACACAUUUCGGAUUAUGGAAAAUGCCCAAUAACAGGAGAACCUCAUACUAUGGAUGAUAUUGUUCCAAUCAAAACAGGCAAAAUUGUGAAGCCCAGACCCUUAACAGCUGCUAGCAUCCCUGGGAUGCUAGGAAUGUUCCAGAAUGAAUGGGAUGGUUUGAUGCUAUCUAAUUUUGCUUUGGAGCAACAACUUCAUACAGCCAGACAAGAGCUUAGUCAUGCCCUAUACCAGACCGCAGUAGAAUGGACUACCCAACGACCAGAGCUGAGGAAGGGACCAACUCGCCUGCGCAAGAUGCUCCUAUAG